UAUUAAGCUUUUGCUACCUAAGAGUCUUCCUCUCUCUGUAUCAUAUCUUCCAAAAGCAAGACAAAAUUUUUGGAAAGUGAAUGCUCUAUUACAGUGAGAGUAAACGCCUCAGGAUGAUGUCUUCUUCAAUGAAAUUCCUAUGCAUCGUGGUAUUGUGUUUGACGGCAUCAUGCGCGUUAAGUCAACCGCAGAGGUUAUCGGUGUACGAUGUUCUUAUGGAGUACGGAUUCCCGGUGGGGCUUCUUCCGAAGGGAGCGAUAGGGUAUUCGCUGAACAGAGAAACGGGGCAGUUCGCUGUGUAUUUUAACGGAGCUUGCAGCUUCGUCAUAGAGUCUUACACCCUCAACUACAAGUCCACCAUCACAGGACUGAUCUCCAACGGUAGGCUCUACAAUCUCAAGGGUGUGACCGUAAAGAUCUUGCUCCUCUGGCUCAACAUCGUCGAGGUCAGGCGUCAAGGUGAAGAUAUCUUCUUCUCUGUCGGCAUCGCUUCCGCCGACUUUGGCGUCGAGAAUUUCCUCGAGAGCCCCCAGUGCGGCUGUGGCUUCGAUUGCAACAAACUUCCCCUAAACGGUGACGUUUCUUCAAUUUAGUUACCCCUCUGUUAUUCGAUUGGAUUAUUGACCUCCUGCUUGCAUACUGUAGAUCUAUCUAUCCAUCUUUUUUUUAUGUCUUUUAUGCUUUUAAAGUUAAUAAUUACUCUGCUUUUAUCUGGGCGUUGUUUCCCCUCGCAUGAUUUUCUGCCUAGGGGCUUCCGCCCUUUCUGUUACCAUUUCUCUCAGAAUCCAAACAAAUCUCUCUGUAAUUGCCGCAACUCUAUCAUUGGAUAUACCGCUUUUUUUUU